AGUCCUAGUAGGUGUACCUACCAAAUAAAAUAUCCACGUAGUUAGUAAUAACUAAUUAGGUAGCUAAUAUUUUUUAUUCACAAACACUGUUACCCAGAUGGGCUAAAGUAACAACCAUAUUUCAAAUUGCUCGCGCGAGACUGCAAACAUAUACCUAAACCUACCAUAAUUAAUUGUUCACAUAAAAUUAGUAGUCGUUUAAGUAUACAGAAAUUACCACCGGAUAAUAAUAUAAUUUCAUGAGAAAUUCUAUACCUAUAGUCAACGAAAGUAGUCGAAACUUUCCGAUGAGAAAUUUUGCGGACCGGUGAAGAACUUGCAGCGACCUUGCGUUUCACUCUGAACUUAUUAUAUUGCUUUUGAUAUUUAUUUUAAAUCGAACAAAUAAUUACAACUAUCGGACGGUAUCGGAUAUGUGCUGCACGCCCUCGUGAAGUAUACAAAUUUGCAAAGUCGAACAGAAUCGUAUACCUAAUAUACGAUGGCUGGACUCGAGAAUAAGGUAGCAUUGAUCACCGCAGCUACGUCAAAAAUUGGAUACGGGUAUGCCAAACAUCUGCUCCAGAAAGGCGUCAAGGUGGCAUUGUGCGAUGUAAAUUUGGAAGACUGUCAAUCGGUCGCCAAAGAAUUCGAUAAUGCGUUUGGUGAUGGAAAUACUUUGGCAUUGGAGUGCGCCGUUGCAAAUCAAACACAACUUGAAA